GUUGUUUUGCUGUUGGCAGAGGCGAGCGGAGCGCCAGAAGUCCCCUGCUGCUCCUGCUGCUGCUGCUGCUGCAUCUCUGGUCCUCCGGCGAGGAGCGCGCGCAGCACCGAACGGACUGAGCGGCUGCCAGAGCGAGCAAGCAAGCGCGGGCCGCAGCGGAGACCCGAAGCGGCCGGGGGCGCCGGGGUGGGGGCCGCGCGAGCUGCGGGCCUCGCACAAGCGCUGCUCGGAAUCGCCGCCCCGGAGCGGGAGAGGGGAUGGCGAGUCCCCCCGCGGCGGAGCCUCCCGACCGCCCGCAAGGCGGCCUCAACCGCAACAACAACAACAACAACCAGCAGCAGCCGCCGCCCGAGCAGCCGCCGCCGCCGCCGCCGCCGGGCGUGCGCAAGUGCGGCUACCUGCGCAAGCACAAGCACGGCCACAGGCGCUUCUUCGUGCUCCGCGCCGCCAGCGACGGAACCGCCGCGGACGAAGCGCCGCCUCAGCCCGCCCGGCUGGAGUACUACGAGAGCGAGAAGAAGUGGCGGAGCAAGUCGGCGGCGCCCAAGCGCUCCAUCGCGCUCGACUCUUGCCUCAACAUCCACAAGCGGGCCGACGCCAAGCACAAGCACCUGGUGGCUCUGUACACGCGCGACGAGUACUUCGCGCUGGCAGCCGAGAGCGAGCCGGAGCAGGAGGCCUGGUACGUGGCGCUGACGGAGCUGCUCCGCGAGAGCCAGCCCGCCGGGCACGACUCCCCUCGGCGCCAGCCGCCGUCGGCCUCCCGCGAGGAGCCGCCGCCGCUGCCCGGGGCCUCGGCUUACCGCGAGGUGUGGCAGGUGACGCUGAAGCCCCGGGGCCUCGGGCAGAGCCGCAACCUCGCCGGCGUGCACCGGCCAGUGCCUAGCGGCGCGCACGGUGGGGCUGGUACGCCUCAACUGCCAGCGGCCCUGCGUGACGCUGCAGCUCAUGAACAUCCGCCGCUGCGGCCACUCGGACAGCUUCUUCUUCAUGGAGCUUGGUCGCUCAGCUUCGACUGGGCCCGGCGAGCUGUGGAUGCAGGCGGACGACUCGGUGGUGGCGCAGAACAUCCAUGAGACCAUCCUGGAGGCCAUGAAGGCGCUGCGGGAGCUCGCCGAGUUCCGCCCGCGCAGCAAGAGCCAGUCGUCGUCAUCUUCAUCCAGUUCGUCAUCGUCCGGCGCCGGCGGAGCUUUGUCGGCUAUGUGCAGUCGACCCAUUUCGGUUCCCGGCCGCCGCCAUCACCACCAGCCCUCUCUGACGGCGCUGCCCCCCAGCCAGGCCGGGCUUCUCCGCCGGUCGCGUACAGACACUCUGGUGGCGGGCAGAAGCAGCGGGAACCGGAGCCGGACUGCGAGUGAGGGUGACGGGGGCAGAGCUGGUUCACUAGCUGGCAGCCCCUCGGGGCCCGACGUUGGAGAGCCCCCGCUCGGCCGCUCACACACGCCUGGGGCAGCCAGCUGCAGGCUCGGGAGCCAGACAGCUGUGCCGCCCAGUCGCUCCCUGGCCUUGUUGCGCUCCCCCUCCUUGGUUACAAAGCUGGCUACGGAGCCAGGCAUGUUCUCCCAUCACCCUUCCAGCAGCAGCACCUCCGGCUCCCCUAGCGAUCCUGCUAGCUUCCUGGCCUUUGAGGAGUUGGGUCCAGCCAUGGACCCUUCAACAGCUUGUAACCACAGCAACACACCUGAGACUCCUCCUGACCUGCAGCUGGAUGGCUACAUUGCCAUGGAGCGGGGACACCUUUGUUAUUGGCCCUACAUAUGGGAGAGCGCUGGAGGAGACAAGGUUCCCAGGAAGCGCACUUACUCCCUGACAACACCAGCAUAUCGGCACCCCAUGCCAACUCUUCUCUCCUCUGCCUCGCUGGAUGAGUACACACUCAUGCGGGCUACCUUACCAACAGCAGGGGCCCCUUCAAGGGGAACCUAUACUCCUUACCCUGAGGACUACUGUGAUGUGGACAUUGGCUCUGGCGGCACCACCAGCAGCAGUAGUAGCUCACAUCUCGGUCGCAGUGGUAGUGGGGAGGAGGGCUACAUGCCCAUGAGCUCUGGGGGAGGAGCUGUUUUGCCAUUGCAAGGUGGUCCUGGUGGUUAUAUGUCUAUGAGCCCCACCAGUGUGUCAGCCCCACAGCAGAUUUUGCAUCCUCACUCCAACAAGAUUAGCAGUGACAACUCCCUAGAUGACAGUGACUACAUGCGCAUGUUGGGUACUAAGUUAUCUGGGGAGAGUCCUGAUGGGAGAAUGACCAGUGGUGACUACAUUGACAUGCUGUUGCCUCCUGUCUAUGGAUCUGCCUCACCUGUGCCCUCUCCUGAUGGCUUUGCAGGACAGGGGCUGAGGGGCCAGACCAGCACCUUCUAUAACCCACUAUCUCAUGCCUGCCAAAGCCAGCCAAACUCUCUGGGUGAAAAAAAGAACAGUGACCAGUAUGUGUUUAUGAACUCACCUGUAGAGAGAUUAACUCUCACACCCAAAGGGGAGUCCUUCCUUGCUAUCUGCAACCACACAAUGAUGCCUUCAACCAUUUACUACAGCCAAACUGAGAGCUCUCUUACUCCCUACAUGAAUGAGCAACCCCCUACAAAUGAAUCACAAAGUCCCUGUGGAGAGUAUGUCCACAUUGGAUAUUCACUGGCCUGUGGCAGCUCAGCUUCCUCACUUGGCUCUGGGUUGAAUGAGCACAAUGAUUCCCUCAUCCCCAGCUAUAUGAACCUCAAUUUUGAUGGGUCACAAUCAGCAGCUGCGGAAUCCUUGGAAGAUGUGUUGAUCCCAGGAUCCUGCCCCAGCCCUGGGCAACCUAACAAACAUUACCUAAAGGUUGAAAUGGAGACAACUUUUACAACAGCCACCCGAACCCAGCCCAUUUUACAGAAGCCAGAAAAUGUUAAUGUAAGCAGCCCUGUUACCGAAUUGAAGCAACUUACACUUUCUGGGGUGCAGGCCUUCAUCUUUGCCAGUCCUCCUCCUGAUCCUAAUCAUGGAGCCAAAGUAAUCCGUGCUGAUCCUCAGGGACGACGGAGGCAUAGCUCAGAGACUUUUCCCUCUACUACUACAGUGACGCCUGUUUCUCCUUCCUUUGCACACAGUCCCAAGCGACACAAUUCUGCCUCUGUGGAAAAUGUGUCCCUCAGGAAAAAUGGCUUGUUAGAAGAGCAGACCAGCAGCCCCAUGUGCCGGGAGACCUCAGCUGGCUUCCAGAAUGGCCUCAACCACAUUGCUGUUGAUGUCUUGGAAGGAGACUAUUUGGCAAGUGGUGGCCAAGGCAAACACAAAGGCAGACACCCCUGUAAUGAAAGUAUCAGUGGUACUUACACCAGUAUAGACUUCUUGACCCACAAUUUGAAAGAAGUCUCUUCAGUGAAAGGUAAGCUUCCUUACUUUAACCUUUUUCUUUUUCUUUUUUUCUUUUUUGUGUGGAUAAUGGAUUGAAACACCAUUAUGCCCAGAGCUGCUGAACUAGAUCAAACUUUGGUGUCUCAUUUCACAGAGGUUUUUUUUUAUCUGUAAUGAGAGCUCUUCCAGUUCAAUCUUUCUUGCUACAGUAACACUUUAGGCAGGAUAUCUGUGCCCACAAACCUGGGAGUAGGGGGACUUCUAACCAAAUAGGAAUAUGAGUGUCCCUAAUAGCUCCCCUGUCCUAGGAGGAAAGAACUACAAAGCAGCUUCUCAGACAUCCCUCACAUGCUGUAUAGUUACAGACUGCGAUGUUUGUAGGAAAGUCCUUUUGGGGGGGGGGGGGGUUCUCCUGAAAUCCUGCUUUCCCAAGAGGACUGAACCAGUCGGUUCAGUCUAUGAGGGCUUCUGUUCUAGGCUGCAGUAUUUUGUUGCAGGUCUAACUUAAGAAGAUUUGACCUCUAAAAGCCUAGUUUUGAUAAAAGGUCAAACCAAUGUGGUGAUUUAAAAGGGGUUAAAGCAGUGAGGUGAAGUGGCCCCUGUAACAGAAGGAUGUGGGAUUACAGAGUAUUACAUGCUGCUGCAAGAUCCAAGUUUGUGGCAAGUACUCUGGUGAGAGAACUCCAGCAGUUAAAAUCACAAAAUAUGCCAAAGUGGCAUGGAAACAUAGACUCUUUAAAAUAUGCUCUUGUCAGUUCCAAAGCUUCCCUCUUCUUCCAGCAUAGGAAAAAGCCACACAUUUGGCAAGUUAAAAAUGGGUUUAUGUGCUUUAAGAUUUUAAUAACUUAAUUAAGAUUUUAAUAACUUAAUUACCUAGUUCUAGGAGCUGUAGUUGAUGAGCCCAUGAAGCAAUGUGGUCCUCAUGCUUGAGGAACAUUGUACAGAAUUUUGGCGGCGUAGUCAUGCUGGCCACAUGACCCAGAAGCUGUACGCCAGUAAAGCAAGAUGAGCGCCACAACCCCAGAGUCGUCUGCGGGUCAGGGGUCCCUUUACCUUUACCCUUUACCUACACCAAGAGAGUAACAGGCAAAAGUAAUGCACCAAGGACAUCUUCUACAUGUUGGUAGUCUGUGCCCUCAGAGAACUGGGUCAUUCCGAACUUGUAACUGAGUAGUGAAGGAACUCUGACAGCACCUGCAUCUUUAUUUGGCUAGAGUUUAGUGAUGCCUUUAUUUUCUCUUUCUUUUCAGAAUGAAGAAACCAGUAUUACCGCCAUGAAAACUGCUUGAUGAAAUUUAAAACAUUUUAAAAUCCUAAUACAGUACGCUUUUUUCAGUUCUAUGGUUCUCAUGGAGGGGAAUUAUCCCAUCUCAUUCACUGAGUUUGCAACACUGUUUGCAUAAACUAUGCUUUAGAACUUUGGACCUCUUCAGUAGGCUGACUGAGUGAGUGCCAUUUUUUUCCCCAGCACAGUUGACUGUAUUUAUUUUUCAGCAUGUUAGGAGGUUGUGUUUGCAACUGCUACAGCAGUAAAAUCUGUUUUUUUACUGGCACCCUUUCAAACCUCUACAGCACUACCUCAGUUAAAAAUGAAACUGGAUUUGUAAUGCUGGUGUAUAAUGGCUGGCAAUAUCUUUUAUCUCAGAGCUGAGUGUUGUCAUCAGCCUUAAUGAUCAUAUCAAGAAUCCUGCUGCCGCCUGGUUGCAUCUUAGCCACUGGUUCCUCUGUUUAGUUAGCAGGCAAAGUCCAGGAUAGGAACUGAAAAAUUUAAGCCAAAACUAACUUUAAAGUUUAGGCUUCUUAUCAGAAUAUUUAUAAUGGUUUUAAAAUAUGUAAUGGAACAUAAUACAAUUAAACUAUACUAGGAUAUUCUUUACCUUGUGACAUAGUUGUAUAAUUGUGUCUGUUUAGUUUUUUAACUACUUCAGGAGUACUUAAGGUCUUCUGUUUGUAUGCUUUCAUUUAUCGGCUAAUCAUGAUAUUAGUUGAAUUUCUUGUAACCAAAACCAGAUCAACAUGCUAAUAAUGGAAGUGUAUUUGUUGUUUUUGGACCAACUGAAUAUGUUCAGAACAUAAUAAUGCACUUCAUUUUAAAAGACCUCUUAUAGGAACAAAAUUUUUCAUUAAAAGAAUUUGGGGAGAGGGCAAAAACAAGUUAUUCUAGAAAUUCUCACAAGUAUAUGUAGUGAAAACCAACAGUGUCAUAGCUGCUCUUUUAUAUAAAAAGGUAAAGGACCUCUGACCAUUAAGUCCAGUCACGAACGACUCUGGUGUUGCGGUGCUCAUCUCGCUUUACUGGCCAAGGGAGCCGGCGUUUGUCCGCAGACAGUUUUUCCGGGUCAUGUGGAAAACCGGGUCAUGUGGCGAAACCAGAGCAGUGCACAAAACGGCGUUUACCUUCCCUCCAGAGUUGUACCUGCACUUUGACAUGCUUUCGAAUUGCUAGGUUGGCAGAAGCUGGGACAGAGCAACGGGAACUCACCCUGUCGCGGGGAUUUGAACCGCCGACCUUCCGAUCAGCAGGCCCAAAGAGGCUCAGUGGUUUAGACCACAGUGCCACCCGCAUCCCACUCUUUUAUAUAUGUCACCCCAAAAGCUUGCACUAUGAUGGGUUAUUUUUCACUCUCUUGUUACUUUUAACCUCUGUUUGUUUAAAGAGACUCUUAAAAAAUUUAUAAUGAUUUCAACUCUUGUCUGAGUCAUAAGAAGUUUUUUUCUUGAGAAUUUUCUGUACUGUGUUAUCAGAAACAAUGUAUUACAUGUUUAUUGAGGUAGACAAAGCAUCCAGUGUCUUAUUGCUCAAUUAAAUGGAAUGCAAACUGCUUCCAUGCUGAGCAUUGGGAUUGAGGAUUGUUUAAUAAGAGAUAUCUGAAUGUAAUCUCCACCCAUUUAGUCUUCCUCUGCGGGCAUGGGAAGGGGAAUAUUAUAAUGCUUCUGCUAGUAAAAUGAUUGAAGUAUCAAAAAAGAUUACUUUUAGUCAUAUCUGUUCUCCUAAACACCCCACCUUUCUGCCUGAGCAAGAUGGUUGAUUAUAAAGCUGAUGAGGAACACUGAAUUGCUGAAACCAAAAUGUUAUUGCCACAAUAACGAAUUUAGCCAGACAACAUCUAAAACAAGGGAGCUUGAAUAUACUAUAGUAUACAUUUCACAAAAAGCUUAUGCAACUAUUUAUGUUCCUAGUUUACAAUGUGGAACCAAAAGUCUGCUAAAACAUUGCAGUGUGUACUGAUUGGUUCUUGCCUGGUUUUGCCUGGUUUUGAUUUCUAAAAGUUAUAAGCAGUGUUUUCUUUUUUGAUAUGUAAUUGUUUCUAGUUAUCGAUAUGUUAAAUUAUUUCUUGCCAUUGUGACAAACACUUAGCUUACCUGGCUUUGUCUUCCAAUGUGCACUCUGUAUAUAGGGAGUAAAUCAGCGAUGCUGCUAGGGAUGAGAAUACAUGGAACUAGAAUAGUAUUUAAUCUUUACUGACCUUGGCUGCUCUUGUUAAUAGAAACAUGCAAUAAAAUAUGUUAUUUAUUAAAGGAAUAAAUUCUUUGAGGACCUGU